AUGAGUUCCUUCACGUCCGCGUGCUCCUCGAUCGAUUUCGGGUUCUCUCAGUGCUUCGGAGGAUGGCAAAACGCUUCCGUCGAAGUAAAACUUUCCGCGGGGCAAAGUUUCCCCGCGACCGCGACGGGAAUGGACGUGACCGAAUCGGUGUCCGAUUUGGCGUCGAAAACGUUUAUUCUCACCGGAGCGACGGGGACGUUGGGGAGAGCGUGCGCGAAAAUUUUACGCGCGAGAGGGUGCAAACUGAUAUUCGCGAGCAGAGACGUGGAGAAAGCGAGCGCGUUCGUGGGAGAGAUGGAGAAGGAAGACUUUGAAGGAGAGGAUGAAGGAGAUGAGGAUGAGGAUGAUGAAGAAGAAAAGGACGAAGAGAAAGAGGCGGACGAGGAGAAGCCAAAGAAGAAGAAGAAGAAGAAGGUAACGAUGAAAGAAGUGACGAUAUUGAAGUGCGAUUUGAGUUCGGUGCACUCGGUGAAGUCUUUUUGCCGAGAGUUUCAAAAGUUAGCGUUGCCUUUGCAUGGGAUUUUGUGCUUAGCGGGGGUGGUCGUGCAACCGUUUGCGUUGACGAAACCGGACGGGGUGGAGACGCACUUCGCGAUUAACCAUCUGAGUCACUACGCCAUGGUGUCGUUUUUGAGCGACGAGUUGACGAGGACCGCGGCGGUUGCCGGAAACGACGGGAAGGUGGUGUUGGUGUCGAGCAACGCGCACCAUUGGUCGUAUCGAGUGCGAAGAGGGACGACGAAACCGAGUCGAGGGAUUGAUUUUGAGAAUUUAAAUAGCUCGUAUGGGUAUUCAGCGAUUAACAGUUACGGACAAUCGAAAUUGUGUCCAAUUUUACACGCGUGGAGAAUUUCGGAAACGGUGAAUGGCGUGAGAGCGUUUGCGGUGAAUCCAGGGCAGUUUGGCGAGGAGUUGUCGAAACAGUUUGGGGAAUAUUUCGGAGGAUCUAUCGUACACUCGUUGGUGGCGCCGUUUACAAAGGUCAGCGUAGAAGUAGCUUCGGCGACGGUUUUGUUGUGUUUGACGAAUAGUGGGUUACCUCCAGGGGUAUAUUAUAGCGAGUGUAAGCCGACGAGGAGUUCGUUACCUUCGAGAGAUCCGAGGUUGGCGACGCAGUUGUGCGACGAGAGCGACGAGAUGAUUCGAGAGAUAUUAGCAAAGAAACAUGUAGAAUUUAGCGGAGAGAAUGAAUCUGGCGGUGGCGGUGGAGGAGGGAGUGAUUCUCCAAAGGUCCCGCGGUCGCCCGGAGGGAUGGUGAUGAUGACUUCGCCGGCAAAAAUGAGCAUCGGAGGAGAUUCCCCGAGAGGGAUGAAGUAA